AUGAGUCAGAAUACUCGAUACAGGGUUGCUGAAGCAGACCUAGUAGAUGAGCCUGGCUCUGCCUUUCUACAGUUGGGUGUCUCAAUUGAACAACAGAUACAAGUGAUCUUCAAAGUCUUGGAGGAAUAUGACUGGAGCUCCUUCGCUGUUAUCACCAGCCUCUAUCCGGGAUAUAGCAUCUUCCUGGAUGUAAUUCGAUCCUUCACAGACACCAGCUAUUUUGGCUGGGAGAUCCAGGACGUCUUGACCUUUGAGAUGUCCCAGGAGACGAGCAUCUCCAAACUGCAGAAGCUGCUCCGCCAGAUAGACGCUCAAGUCAUGAUCGUCUAUUGUUCACGAGAUGAAGCAGAGUUCCUCUUCCAGGUGGUUGAGCAGGCCGGUUUAAUCGGCCCUGGCUACGUCUGGAUUGUGCCUAGUCUAACAGUGGGGAAUAUGGAUGUGCCACCUACCUCAUUUCCUAUUGGCCUCAUCAGUGUGACCACUGAAAGCUGGAAAAUGAACCUGAGACAAAAGGUUCGGGACGGAGUGGCUAUCAUUGCUAUUGGAGCCGAGAGCUAUUUCAAGGCCCAUGGCUACCUCCCCAUCGUGGGCAGAGACUGCAAUAGCAAAAGCCCUUCCAGCGCACCAACAAACACUUUCUAUAGGCAUUUACUCAAUGUGACAUGGGAAAACAGAGAUCUCUCCUUCAACAAAGGUGGUUACUUGGUGAGGCCCACCAUGGUAGUGAUUUCGUUGAACCGGCAUCGACUCUGGGAGAUGGUGGGGAAAUGGGAAAAGGGAAUUAUCCGCAUGGAAUAUCCAGUGUGGCCACGCUAUGGAUCCUUCCUGCAGCCCAUGUCAGAUAAUCGCCACCUCACAGUGGCUACCCUUGAAGAAAGACCAUUUGUCAUUGUGGAGAACACAGAUCCUUCCACUGGAGUAUGUGUCCGAAAUACAGUUCCUUGCCGGAAACAGACCAACUCCUCCGUAAGUGGGAGUGAACCUAUGGACCCAUAUACCAAACUCUGCUGCAAAGGUUUUUGCAUUGACAUCCUAAAGAAACUAGCCAAGACUGUGAAGUUCUCCUACGAUCUCUACCUGGUGACAAAUGGGAAACAUGGUAAAAUAGUGGAUGGUUUCUGGAAUGGCAUGAUUGGUGAGGUAUAUUACAAGCGAGCAGAUAUGGCCAUUGGGUCCCUCACGAUCAAUGAGGAACGCUCACAAAUUAUUGAUUUUUCUGUACCUUUUGUGGAGACGGGCAUUAGUGUCAUGGUAGCCAGAAGCAACGGGACUGUCUCGCCUUCUGCUUUUCUAGAGUCCGGUGGGCCAUCCUUCACUAUCGGCAAGUCCAUCUGGCUACUCUGGGCUCUGGUUUUCAACAAUUCUGUUCCCAUUGAAAAUCCCAAAGGCACCACCAGUAAAAUUAUGGUCCUCAUCUGGGCUUUCUUUGCGGUCAUCUUCUUAGCUAGCUACACUGCAAACUUGGCAGCAUUCAUGAUCCAGGAGCAAUAUAUUGAUACCGUCUCUGGACUGAGUGAUAGAAAGUUCCAAAAACCUCAAGAGCAGUACCCUCCGUUCCGAUUUGGAACAGUUCCCAAUGGUAGUACAGAGAGAAAUAUCCGGAGCAAUUACCACGAUAUGCAUUCCCACAUGGUAAAAUACAACCAGCGCUCGGUGGAAGAUGCCCUCGUCAGCCUGAAAAUGGGAAAGCUGGAUGCUUUUAUCUAUGAUGCCGCAGUGCUCAAUUACAUGGCUGGCAAGGAUGAGGGUUGCAAGCUGGUAACCAUUGGCAGUGGGAAAGUCUUUGCCACCACUGGCUAUGGCAUUGCCCUCCAGAAGGACUCCAAGUGGAAGAGAACAAUUGAUUUAGCUCUCCUGCAAUUCCUGGGAGAUGGUGAAACCCAAAAACUGGAAACUGUGUGGUUGUCUGGUAUUUGCCAAAAUGAAAAGAAUGAAGUGAUGAGCAGUAAGCUAGACAUUGAUAACAUGGCAGGGGUCUUUUAUAUGCUGCUGGUGGCAAUGGGACUGAGCCUGUUUGUCUUUGCUUGGGAACACUUGGUAUUUUGGAAGUUGCGGCACUCCGUGCCAAAGUCCCACAAACUUGAUUUCCUUCUAGCGAUAAGCAGGGGUAUUUACAGCUGUUUUAAUGGAGUCCAGAACCUGGAGAGUCCUGUUCGUGUUUACAAACCAGAUGUCACUGCUAACUCUGCUCAAGCCAAUGUGCUUAAGAUGCUGCAGGCAGCCAAGAAUAUGGUAUCAACAGCCAGUGUUGGGAAUUCACUGGAAAAUGCUACACGCACUAUAGAGAACUGGUCUAGUAGGAGUGAAAACUUCCAAACAACUUUCUCCUUAAGGACUCCCCAAUUUGUGAUUCAAAACACCAGUGGAUCAAACAGGCCAGCUCAUUCCUCCAACACUACAACAGCUGAGAAGCUUGGGAGGAACCUUCCACCCUUGCUUCUGGCACCUCAGCAAACUGUGGGACCAGCCAGUGAAAGCUGCGGAGAGACAAUUGAGCACUCACCGAUACUCCAUCCACUGAAAUUACAAGGCAACUGCUCUGAAGAUAAGAUUAUUCCAGGUUUUGCUGUGUACCACUCUCCACAGUAUUUGCUAACCACAUCUCAGGCUAACCUCAGAAAACACAUUGGAAGUCCUCUUAGUGAUGCUCCUCAUUCCCCAAUCAGGGCUCUUCAGGAACUUUCUCCGCACAAUCAUAAGCUCCCCGUGUCCAGAGGCCAUGGGGGGAAAAAAAUCCACCAGAAUGAUCACCUGUAUAAAGAAGGGGAGCAUAGCAGUGCAACCCAGGAGUCAAGGCUAGGUUUCUCUUCUGACAAGAAGAAGAAUUUGGAAGUUCACUAUUUGCCUCAUCCCUGUAUAUAUAAUUCCUUCCCAAAGGACAACAGAACUUGUAGACCCUUUGCACAUAAAGAAUACGACCCACUAGAGCUGGGGAGAGAAAAGGAGACAUAUACAGCUAGCCUUUCAAGAUCAACCUUGGAACAGCAUGAACAGUUCCAUUCUCUAGGCAUCUGGAGGCAUCCACCAAAGUCUUCCAGUUCCAGGGAUGUCCUGGACUUCUUUCCCGAAGCUAGCUUGAUCCCCAAAGCAAAACUGCUGCCUGGGAUCCAUCAUGGAGUCCACCACCAUUCUCCUGAUGCCCUUAGGCCAAGCAAUGCAUGCAAUAGGAAAUGUAUGCAGGCCAAUGGUAUAAGUUGGAAGGAGAAACAGCUGCUACAUUCGCAAUCUAUGCGGCUCCCAUCCUAUCGAGAGGCCUGUCUACAGAACAUCUCAGGCAUACACAGGGCUUCUUCAGCUGUAGUGCAGAAGCAAUACGCCUAUGUGAACUCAUACCCUAAUUUACCUAUUUAUUGGAGAAGCUUUCGUCCAGGCUCUCCUCACCUAUGUGAACAAUCCUGUGCCUCCCAGCACUGUUUCAGUCAGGCAUCCUGGCCCUCGUGCAGCAGGGAUUUCUUGGUCCACGAGGACAAGCAGAGGGCCAUGUACUUUGAUAGCACACAGAGAGACUGCAGAAAUCAGAGCAGGGUUUAUCCAACGUUUAUUCAGAUGGGCAACACCGAGAGGAGAAACACAUCGACAACCCUGAGGAUGCACAGCCCUUGCACAACAAGAUCAUGGAGGCGCAUAUCUAGCCUAGAAUCUGAAGUCUGA